AUGUCUAUAAAAUGCCCCAUAAUAGAAGCGCCUGAAGCUCGAUCCACGCCCCGGACAAAAGAUGACAAUGGCAGCUGGUUAUCUGCCGAUGGACCAUAUCUCACUUACAUCAAGCAGAGCUGUAGUCGACAGCCCAAUCUCGAGUUACCCGAUGGACGGAAUCGCGCUAUUAUGCUGUGCGAUAGACAGCAUGUUCGAGCGACAGUUCUCGAGUUAAAUAGUGAAGGCAAAAUGCUGUCGCCUGCGGAAUUCCCUCAUGUUACACAACUGAGGAAUCAUUUUUCUCAACUGCGAAAGUUGCGUCAAGAUGGUCAAAGUCAUCGGACGAUCUAUCUUGUCGAAGGCUUAAACACAGAAGUUAUAGCACUUUUAGGUGACGAACUCCAGGUAGACCCUAUGUUCUUUGUCACUCAUGAGAGAACGUCGACAUAUCUGCGAUGGCCUUACGAGCCCAAUCUAGCACCAUGCUUACCUUCACUCAUUGAUGGGAAUCGAUCAUUUGCUGCAAGCUACUACGACAUUCGAGCUCUCAGUGAAGAAUUCGGGUCAUUCAGCGUAGGAUGUGCAGAAUCGGGUAGAGACGCUUUGAGGACCAAGCUCGGCAAGGAUUGGGAGCCUACAGUUAUCCUUCACAGAAAAUGUUCAUUCUGGAAAACAACAUUUUCCAAUCAAAAUGACUGGAGUGUCCCUGGACUGUACGGAGCAGAACAUCAGGACCUUCACGAGAAUGUCUAUAUGACGACUUGCUUCACUACUACACCGAAUGCUACAAUGACAUAUCUGCCAGGCAAGCAGCUCAGCUAG